AUGGAAGAUCAAGCAGGAAAUGAUUUGAAGAUCACUCACAAAGACAUCAAAGACUCCUUGACAGUUUGUGAUACCAUCCACUCCGUCAAUUUGAAGCCAAAAAGUUUCUUGCAAAUAUUCUUGUCUGCACAAUCUAACAAGGAUGCCCCAGCGGACAUGCGAAGAGAUACUGAGCGACUAGCCACCUUGCGAAAGCUGUGGGGCACACCCACCGGUUGGCCUUCGACCCUGCGCAUUUUACGAGCAAUACGCGGCCUGGCUUGGAAAACAAUGCCAGGAAGGGACCUUUGGCGCGAGUUUGUAUUGGAAGAGCUUUGUGAGCUCAAAGAGGGUCACUCACCGGUUUUUCGGCCCUGGAGCCUCGGCAGAACGAGGAGAGAAAGCGGAAAAGGCUAUGCUGUUCCUUUUCCAGCUUCUAUCUCGAAGAUUCCUGGCCAAUUGCACAGCGGAGGCUCAUUUGAUUAUUUCACCUGCAAAGGAAAAAAGCGCCAAGAUUCAGGAUGCAAUGCAGAUUUUGAACUGGAACUUGAAGGCAACUCAGAUGGCCCCUGGAUUGAUCAUAUAGAUGCGCUAUCGGAUUCCUCCGAAACCGAUGAUUUAGAUUUAGACUCGACUGGCGGGAAACAACUGAACCUUUUGAAUUUGAGCAAACCUGAUGAUGACAUAUCUGAAGAUGGUUCACUUGCCGAGGCUGAAGGCCUUGAUCGCACUUGUCGAGUGCGUCGGUCAAAGUGGACAAGAGCACGAGUGUCUUCGGUGGGUUUCUUUUAA